AUGUCGUCGCUCCUCAGGAAGCUCGAGGUCCCGCACCCUGAGAAUAUGCCGCGGCCAACAGCUCUACUGAACCAUGAUGUCAAGCCUAUUGAGAAGGAAAGGAGAGUCUGGGGCUGGCCUGCUUUCAUCGCUCUGUGGUCGACCGUCGCUUUCAACAUGUCCAACUUUCAGCUUGGUUCCAGCAUGCUUGCACUGGGUCUCAACUGGUGGCAAGCCUUCUUGACCAUGCUAUUUGGCCACCUUUUAGGCGCAGUGCUCAUCGUCUUCGUCAGCGUGCCAGGCCUUUACUACCGCAUUUCAUUCCCCGUUGCCACAAGAAUCGCCUGGGGAUACUGCGGCUCAAUUUUCGUCGUUCUCAACCGCAUCGUUCUAUCAAUAGUAUGGUGCGGCGUGCAAUCGUGGCAGGGCGGCUUAAUGGCCUACGUUUGCCUUCGAGCCAUAUGGCCCAGCAUCGACAACAUCAAAAAUACCAUCCCAUCCAGCACAGGCAUGACUCUGCCGCAGUUUAUCGGGUUUAUAGUCUUCUUCAUCAUUCAGUUCCCCUUUCUAUUCCUCUCACCUCGACCGUUAAAAUAUCUCGUCUACGUCGGAAGCGUUGGGGGCUUUUUGGCGCAGCUGGUUCUGUGCAUCUGGGCCUGCGCUACCAUGGGCUCUGGCGGGUUUGGAAGCGUCUUGCAGCCAAACAAGGCAGCACUCCCUGGCUCUCAGCUAGGAUGGAUGUGUGUGUACUCCAUUACCGCAACAAUGUCGAGUAUCACAAGCGGUACGGUCAGCGUUUGCGAUUAUGCCCGGUUCGCCAAGCAGCCGUCCUCGGGUAUCUGGUCCCAGCUUCUUGGCUUCUUCCCUGGUUGGCUGUCCAACGUUUUCGGCACCCUAACCAUCGCAGCGACGCAAAGACGUUAUGGUUCAGAGCUGUGGAGCGUUGCCUCACUGCUCAUCGCUGUUCAGGAUGCUAACCCCGACUCCAAGACUCGGACUGCCGUUGUCUUUGCCGCGCUUCCUUUUGCGCUGUCGCAAAUCUCUCUCAACAUCAUUGGAAAUACCUUUUCUGGUGGAACUGAUAUGGCUUCUCUGGUACCCAAGUACAUCAACAUCCGCCGUGGUCAAAUUGCUACUGCGCUCCUAGGUCUAGUUAUCAACCCGUGGUACCUCUUGAGCGGCGCCGUCAUUUUCAUCUCCGUCAUGUCGGCAUACACUGUCUUCCUCCAGCCGUUCUUGGGGAUUAUAGUUGCCCAUUACUUUAUCGUACAGAAAUGUCGAAUCAAAGUAUCAGAUCUGUACUGCUUUGGAUCUCGUUCCAUCUACUGGUACACUGCUGGUGUGAAUUGGCGCUCAAUCGUUGCCUGGACUUGCGGCGCCGCGCCUCACAUCCCCGGCUUCCUUACAACAGUGCGGCCGUCGAUUCAAGUCCCAUUGGGAGCUUCGCACUUGUAUUAUCUUUCGUCUUUUACUGGAUUUCUGAUCCCUUUUGCUCUGACUAUUAUUUUGCACCUGGUGUUCCCUGUGGCGUCACAAACGGCAUACACGUCGUCGGGUACCAUGGACCAGUCUAUACAAGAGCUUGAAGACUAUAUUGAUCGACUUGAUGUAGAUUUUGGACUCAUUCAAGGCGUGGCAUCUCCAGCAGCAGAAAAGCUUGAGGAUGCUUUUGACGGAGAGAAAUAG